CCAUGUGGCUGGGUAUGGUGUGUGGUGUGGCUGGGUGUGGUGUGGCUGGGUAUGGUGUGUGGUGUGUGGUGUGGCUGGGUAUGGUGUGUGGUGUGGUUGGGUAUGGCUGGGUAUGGUGUGGUGUGGUGUGGUGUGGUGUGGCAGGAUUUGACUCGGCGACUUUUUUUACCUCGCUGUUGGUGGUGUUUGCAGAAGGACAAGCAGGACCCGGACGGUGACAUCAUUAUGAGGCUUGAGUACGGUCUCCUGAACUCCUCGUCCCUGGAGCUGAUUGAGCGUGUGAAGCAGUUUGCCAACCUGGUCCUGGCCCUCAUGAUGCUGUUCGCCAGGUACAAUCACUGGAUGGUGGGCGACAAGUUUGAGAGACUCGCCCCCUCACUGGUGUUCUUCAUGCUAACCUGCCGGCUCAUCGCUGAGUACCAAAUCCACUGAAAGGAGAAGAUGGACAAGGCGGCGGCAGCGGCCAAGAAGUCACCCGCCGCAGCCGCCGAAGGGAAGGACGGAGGAACAGCCGCCAACUCCAUCGCUGGCGGCUCCACGUCUACUCUCGUCUCCUCCUCCUCCUCCUCCUCGCCCUCCUCCUCCUCCUCUCAACAUGGACGGUCGAAGAAAGAUGUUUAGUGUGGAGGUGUUUGAUUGGGGUAUGUGGUUCAGUGUUUUUAUUUUCGUUUUUGUGUGUGUGUGUGUGUGUGUGUGUGUGUGUGUGUGUGUGUGUGUGUGCUACCCUUCCCUCCCUCCCUCACCCCAAUGUUUGUCUCUAGGUGUUUGUAGGCGAUAAGAUGACCUUUCAACACACCUUCUUUCUUUCCUUUAUUCUUUCCCUCUUUACAACGUUAUUGUAAGUAUACGUAACCUUAAACUAGCGAAAUACAAGUUACGUGAACCCUACCCUCGAGAUAUGUUAUUUUGAUCUCUGUACGUAUAGGCAAGAUUACGUCUCUUAAACUAACGAUAUAUAAGUUAUGUCAACCUUAACCUGCAAGAUGUUUGUAUAAGUAACCUCAAUUCACUGGUAUGUUUGU